AUGAAGCUUCAAGAAGACGGAAUUGUCACACCGGCUCUCUUCGCUCUCCUCGUUGGCUAUCCCGAAUCAGUCGCCGAACCAGCGACCAAACCGACCCCCGAACCUGCUCCCGAACUUCCCACAAAGCCUUCAACCAAGCCCUCCUCCUCAGCACCCUCCGCAGAGUCAGCGUCCCCCCGCGCCCCUCCUGCCACCCGGGAGAAGCGAGAGAUAGAGAGAUACGCUAGGAGUGAUCUAGAGAUGGGGCAGAGGCGGGUGUUUCUGCUAGGGGAGAAUCGCUGGGAGGACCCGAACACAUUGAUUGGUCGAGGCAGGGAGGAGGAGGAGGGGAAGGAGGAGGGCGGGGAGGAGGGGGAGGAGGAGAAGGGGGACGUGGAGGGGAAGGGGAAGGGGAGAGGAGGGAGGGAUUUGGUGGAUGUUAAGGGGAAGGGGAAGGGGAAGAAGGGGAAGAAGGGUGGAGAAGGGGGGUUGAAGCCUGUUGUUGUCUCGUGCUAUCAGUGCAGAGGGGAAGGCAACGUGGUUUGCAUGGGUACGUCGAAUUGGUUGAAGCCUGUUGUUGUCUCGUGCUUGGGGGAAGGCAGAGGGGAAGGCAGCGUUGUUUGCAAGGGUGACCCCACCCACAUCAAUAAUUCUCACCCACCUUCCUUCCCUCCGUGCCACCUUCUCCUCCCUUGCGCUCCCUGGUCGCUUCCCAUUGCAGAGUGUGAGGGCACUGGGGAUUUUAACAUCGAGGAACAGUGUGAGGGCACGGGGGAUCUCAACAUCGAAGAACAGUUUCUCGAUUGGGUGGAGGAAGGUGCUUGUUGCCUCUAUUGCAACGGUACUGGGGCCAUUACAUUGGAUUCUUCUGGUUACGCUUACCCCAUUCUCAAAAUCGCCUUCAUUAUAGUCACACUGGCCCUGCUGUGCAUGUUCGGCACACGUGAGUACUACGAGGUGCAAGAGCAAAUCAAAGAGUUUUACGACGAAAUCGAAAAGGCGCCGUGUAACAACACCGCAAUCCUGUACAUCUCCCGAUCGAAAUAUUUCUUCUGCCCGAUAGACCCCUCGGCUUCCGCGGAGGCAGCUGCAAAAAGGACGGAAGCGGGACUUGCGGCGGCAAGGGCGGCAAAUCAGCCUUCGAAAAGCAGCGACACGGCAGCUGUCGACGAGGAGAUUGAAGAGCACGAGCCGCCACGCGACGGAUGCGAAGAAGCGUGGGAGUGGUUCACCGACAGCAGCGGUGGUAGCGACGGUGGCGGAAACAUCGGCGGGGAUGACGGAAUUAACGGUGACGAGUCGGCUCCGCGUGGAAGAAAGCUCCUACAAUCCCGGAGACGCGCGAAAAGGUCGCCAGUGGAUUACGAGGCAAAUGACCCCAGCGGCGUUGACUUUGACGACCAGAAUCCGUCCACAUACCCGCCCACGUGGACGCGCGCUUCGGGAAUUCCGCGGCGCGAGCGCGGGAAGAACUGCAAGUCGGAGUGGGUUACGUACUCCACCUUUUCCGCCGUGGGACUUAAUCGCCUCGCUGACGUCACCAGCAUGAUUGACCUGCCGCUCGCAGUUGUCGGGUUGCAUCAACCGUGGAACGGAUUCCGUCCCCGUCUGGUAGCCGUGCUCGAGUACGUCCAAAGCUUGCCGCCCGACCGCAUCGUCAUCGCGACAGACGCGCUGGAUGUAACGCCCGUGCCGUCCUGUACCGCGGACCGUAUCAUCUCGGCGUUUCUGAGUUUCAACGCGCCGAUCGUUUUCGGGGCAGAGCCGUACUGUUUCCCGGAUAGAGUCGAGGAUAAGUACCCGCCGCUCCCGCCGGAAGCGGCGGCGGUAAACACGCAGUUUAAGUACCUCAACGCAGGGACGUAUGUAGGAUACGCAUGGGCGGUCACUGUGGCGCUUAAAGCCGCUUUAGCGAACCCCGUUAAUUGGUUUGACGAUCAGCGGGAGUACACUCGGUUGUUCCUAAACCAAACGCAGCUGCUGCCGUUCAUAUCCAAAUGGGAGUACGAGCAGCAGAUCAGUUUGCGGCGGCGUCUGCGGCGCGAAUGGCGGUUCGAAGAUAAAAUCUGGAAGUGGCGGCGCGUGGUGAAGACUAUGGAGGCGCGACUCGCGGCGCGGCCCGUGAUCGUUCUAGAUCACAUGAACGGCUUGGUUCAGAACCUUCUAGGGACCAACGAUGAGGAUUACGAGGUCGUUGACUUGAGGGAUAUUCAACGGCUGCAGCAGCAAGAAGGGGAGGAGAGGAACGGCCUUGCCAGUACCAGCGGCGGCGGCAGCAGGCAAGCGCAGCCCUUUCCCCCGAUUCUUCCCCGUUCGCCCCUCCCCGCGUGGCCAUCCGCGCUGCACCUGGGGCUGCGCAACAGACACACGGGGGGUUUCCCGUGCCUUUUGCACGAGCAAGGGGAGAAAUUUAACAACACGCUGCCCGUGCUACAGCUGCUGGUGCGGCUACAGAUUGACGAGGCGCGGGCAGCCAAGGGGUACAUUCCGUGGUGGCGUGUUGGGUGGCUGCACAGAGUGGGCAAGUAUAAGACAUGA